AUGAAACAGCUCCUGGCUUGGGCAUUUAUCGCUGCUACUCUUGUUGCCGUUCAGAAUGGACUUGGUCAACAUUAUGCCUACGUCGACAAAACAAAGAUGGUUGAGUACGCCUUUGCCGUUUGGCUGAGCUCCAUGUUCUAUCUGGCCUGCCUUGGAUUUGUGAAAACCUCGGUCCUUUGUUUUUAUAUUCGACUGGGCGACCGGGUGCUUACCCGGAUGUCCUACGUGAUGAUCGGAGUCAUUGUAUGCCAAGCCGGUUCCUUCGUCCUCGUUGCAGCUUUCCAAUGCAGCCCGGUAAGCAUGGCUUGGACGAGCACAGGCCCAGGGAAAUGCGUUGAUAUCAAUGUCUUCUACCUGUGCAACGCGGCUCUGAACAUCCUUACAGAUCUCUUGACGUACUCUUUGCCGGCCCGAGUUAUCUUGAAACUCCAGAUUCCUCAAAAACAGAAGAUCGCCCUAAUUUUUAUCCUCUGCUUGGGUCUCUUCGGUGCCAUGUACUGGUCUGUUAUCGAGACCAACGUUGGCAUUUUUGCCGCAUCCAUCCCGUCAUUCAAAGCGAUUGCCUCCCGCUUCUUGCCUCGAUUCAUCGGGGAAUACAGCAGCGGGAGGAAAUACGGGCCUUGGUCUGGGAAUACCCCCGGAAGAUGGGACCGGUUUUACGAGAGUGACCGAUCCCAAUGCUUCGAAAUCCAGGACUGA